UGCAACACCAGCUACAAAAGCGUGUCGGGACGCUACAGAACGCAAAGCCUUGUCUGGCAUCAUCCUUCUGAUUCUCAAGCUGGUCAAGAAUUGUCUCAGUCAUGAACGACUUCCACUUGUCGCAUUUGGAUCAGACCAUGCUCCGCAUGUACGCCCGCCAUCUUCUCUUCUUCGAAUUCCCAGAUCCUGGCUAUCUCGAGGACGCCGUUGACGCCUUACGAGCUGGUUUCGCUGCGACGAUCCACCAGCUUCCAUUCCUUGCUGGUACCAUCAGACUGUCAAAUCCGGACACAGGCCGUCUCUCUCUGCAACACCCCGAGUCGCUCUCCGACGAGCUCAUCGAUCAGAUCUUCACAUUCAGCUAUGAUCAAGCUGGAAACGCAGUCUUAGAGUACACAAAGAUGGAGAAGAAUGGGUUUCCACCACUGGCUAUAUGGCGCGAUGUCUUCUGUCCGGUCCUGUUGAGGAACCAUCCGGGAUUGGAUGAUGAAUUCGCCGCAGGCCUGAUAAGCUUCAAGAAAGAAAUGCCAGUCCCGGUUUUUGCGGCGCAGGCGACUUUUCUCCGCGGCGGACUGGUGCUGAGUAUUUACGCACAUCACAGUGUGAUUGAUGGAGCAGGACUCACAAGACUCUACAAGCUGCUGAGCGAGAACACACGGUCAAAAGGCUCGAAGUUCAUGUUAAAGUCUGAUGGAAAUAGUGUUGCCGAGCUGAACUCGCAAAGACACUUGUUCGACACUUUCGCAGAAUCUUCCCAACCCAUUGAGUGCCCUGAGGUCCGCUUUCCCGGUACUCCGCGAACGUCUCCUCUCCUACGGAAGGAGCCAUACAAAGUCACAGCCAAGAUAUUCGUGUUUCCAGCCGCGACCAUAUCCGAGCUCGCAAAGACCCUGACAUCCACGACGAAUCGCCAAAUAUCAAGCUUUGUCGCACUCGUCUCUCUAAUAUGGACAAACAUCACACUUUCCCGAUCCACAGCUCUCGCAGCAAACAACGUCGAAACCGUAAAAUUAGGAAUAGCCUUCGACCACCGGCGGAAUCUCCCCCAGCCCCUCAAAGACACCUACUGGGGAAAUUGCGUGACCGAAAUCACCGCCUCGGCCACCGUCUCCACCAUGCUCUUCAAGACGUCCGACGAUUCUGUAUACGGCGAGCAACUUGGCCCCAUCGCCGCCAUCCUCUCAGAGACCUUCUCUUCGGUGACGCUCGACUGGCUGAAACCCCGACUCAACCUCUUCUCCCGCACGCCUAAUCCCUGGCAGCUGCGCAGCGACUCGGACGCCAUCAACGGACCGGAUUUGUUUGUCACAAGCUGGAUGCACAUCGGUACGGAGUGUGCGUGGAACAUACCAGGGACGACGAGCGCGGGCCCUGUCGCGAUGCGCAAGCCGCAGGCUCAUGUUGAGGGGCUCAUCCACGUGCUUCCAAAGGUGCGGCUCGAAAAUGGGUUUCCGGCGGUGGAGGUGCUGGUUUGUCUGGAGGAGUGGGAGAUGGAGAGGGUGGUGCGGAGGUUGGAGGGGGAAAGGUGGGCUGUGAGGGUUAUUGAUGCGUAACCGAGUGUGCUUUGCACGGGAGAGAGCGCCAGAUGUCGAUUUGAGAUGGCGGACUUAGUGAAGUCAAAUGUGGGCAUGUGGAUUUAC